GAUGUGACUCCUUGAAUCUAAUCUCCAUAUCCCAUUCAUUCAACUACUCAUGGCGCCCUCCAAACGUAGUGCAUCAUCUUUGAAUAAAAAGACAAAGUCUACCAACUCUACGCCCAUGAAACAAGCUUCUCUUUCCUUUAGUAGUGCCAAACGCACUAAUUCAAAUAUCAGUACUCAAGGAAACAAGCCACUGAAGAGAUCUUCAUCCCUUGUGCACAGAAAAAGCGAAGGGGAGGAAGGUGCAGGAAGCGAAGACAUAAUUGAAGUCUCGUCGGAGGAUGACCAUGGAAUUACUGCAAAGAAGGUUCGAGUUUCCCUUCGUAAAUCGGACGCCCGAGGAACGUGGGUGAAGCAGGGGAGCCCGGUGACAAGCGUUGUAAUCAAGAAAGAGGCGUUGGAUCCGAAUGACAAGGCCGGAAGAUGGAGAAAGCAUUACGAUGCUGUUAGGGGGAAGAUGGAUAAUAUGGAACCUAUUCAUUCCGCAGGUCAGACUAAAGUACAUGAAAUUCUCCGCGUCUUUGAUAUGUCCUACGAGUAUGGUCCAUGUGUUGGAAUGAGUCGUCUUGAAAGAUGGGAACGAGCUGAUGUUCAUGGUCUCAGUCCUCCCAUAGAGGUUCGGGAGAUACUAUCGACUAAGGAAGGGAUGGAGAACGACGAAUUCUCCCAGUGCGUUUUAUAUGGCGAAGUUUAGCUUUGGGAGUGUAAGUACAUGAUGAGACGUUGAUAAGUUUAUUGAAUUAUUAAGUUAUAUUGUACUGAAUAUUCUUUAGUGUAUUAUUGUAGGCCACUUGCCGCAGCCCCGUGUAUCUUAUACUGUAUUUUACGUUUUGCUGUCAAUGGUUCAGAUUUGCUACUACUUAUGUAUCAUUUCACAUAUUUCAA